UCCCCAUUUCUCCCCCCUUUUCCCUCCCCAGACCCCCCGACAUGGAGGAUGAGCCCUGGGCGGCCCUCGGCCCCUUCGCCAGGCGAUCCCGCACCAUCCGCCGCCAUGACGUCAUUGCUGAUGCCGACGCGCCUGACAGGCUCUGGGUGACAAGCCCUUGCCAUCCGAUUGGCUGCCGCCAUCGCGCCUCGCCCCUCGCGGCACACGACGCACCGCCGCGCCGCCAUGUUUUUCCCCAAACUCCCGUGUUUCUCCCCGAAUUUACUGACCACCACCCCCCUCACGACAGAGGCGGGGGGCAGGAUUUGGGGGCAGCCCCGCAGCCCCCCGUCGCGCCCACAUCGCCGCUGCCCUCGCCGCGGUCGCUCUGUCGCCAUCGCCGUCCCCCCCGCGACGGCCCGGCCUCGGUCCGUUCCCACUUGGCGGAGCUGAAGCGGCGGCAGAGCAGCAUCGACGAGGUGAAGCGGCAGGCGGAGGGCGGGGGGACCCCACGUGGUGCCCCCCAGGUGAGCGCGGGACACUGGGCGGGGCCCCAGGGGGCGGGGCCUCACGGGGCGGGGCCAGAGGGAGCCCCUCCCUCCCGUGGGGUCGGGGGUGAUGGGCGGGGCGGGGCGUGCUGCUUCUCCCACCAUUAAAGACAGCGACUCGGCCCCACGGCUCCGCAGUUUGUGCCUAUAGAUUCUAUAGCGACUCUAUACAGCGCCCUACAGCCGCCUCCUACGGGCCCCAUAGCCAUCUCCUAUAGUGCCCCAUAGCUGCCUCGUAGGGACCCCAUGGCCACCCCCUACAGCGCCCUGUACCCACGCGUUAUAGCGUCCUGUAGCCGCCUUCUACGCGCCCCGUAGCAAUCUCCUAUAGCGCCCUAUAGCCAUCCCGUAUGGAUCACAUAGCCGC